UUCCGAAAUUAGAACCUGCUUCGAAAUCGGGUUCGGUUUCGGCAUAUCCAUAGGGAUAGUUGAUAGUUGUCGAAUGAUACUACGUACUACAGAUCAUGUUAACGGUAUUGUGAAGUUUUACAUCCACGGUUCGUAGUCAUUAAUUGAUUGAAAAAAAAACUAUAUUUUGCACAGUACAUAAUGUCCCCGGGAUACGCUUUUAAUGUGUACCGAGAAGAAACCGCGUAUAGUUCACGCUCGGUAAUCCUCACUUGAUCGAGUGUGAUGUGUUUUUGUUUUAAUUUCUUAUUUUGGUCUACGUUAUCAAAUCACACAGUUUUCAGCCAAAAUAUAGCUAAUUUUCAUGUAAUUUUGUGUGUAAAGGGUAGUAUUAGCCAAUAAAUUAAUUAUUUGAUAUGAUACUCACAGAAGGGUACAAUUUUACACGUUUUGAAUGAUUUUUAAUUCGAUUCCACCACAAUGGAAAUUAUUUUGCAUUUGACCAUAUUAAAGUGAACAAUUGAUCCUAGUAUCCUGUGAGAAGCUGUUGUAAUUAUUUGAGGAUAUACAAUUAUUAUUCCUCUUUCAACCACCAAGCAGUGAAGUGGUUUUAGCUUUCUUAAAAGACUAUAGAUGAGUCAAAUCAGUACAAUUUAGUCAAGGAAUUGUCAAAUUAAGAAAACCGCGUAUCUCUCGGGAACUACAUGUACAUAUUAAAGUAGAUUUAGCAAUUCUGCAUCAUUUUAUGGAUAUGUGUAACCGUCAGCUGAUUUGCUCGUUGGGGAAGCCACUUUAGUUUGCGCCUGUCACCGGUACUCCAAAUUACUCGACGCGUUCCGCACACCACUACACGCUUGAGCCAGUUCGGAAGAAUCCACUUGAAAGUGUGUUCCGUUUGUGAACAACAUAAGCCGAAUAAGCUGCUAAAGUGAAGGUGGUAUUAGAAGCGCAGCAACUAUUUUCUAUCUGUAAACAUUAGAACCUACAUCUUCGAGCCGAUUAAACGUUGUAAGACGAAACAAAAUAAAUCGCUAACGGAUGCAAACAUGCCGACCUUCCUGAAGUGCGACCUGUGCGACAAGUUUUGCCUUGCCUUGGGUGACAACGAUCAGAACCGCCGGCACAAGGCCAGCUGCAUUAGCGCGCAGGUGCAGGAAAUAGACAAGGUGUUUUCGCGCAAGAAAACGUGCGCCAUCUGCUUGGAGGUGGUGCUGGAGAAGAAUCCACCCGCUGAGCGCCGGUUUGGCAUACUGCCCAAAUGUAAGCACACGUUCUGCGUAAGCUGUAUCAAAACCUGGCGCAGUACGACCGAGUACCCCGAGACUCUUCGGAAGGGAUGCCCGAUCUGUCGCGUACAUUCGAGCUUUUUCUUUCCCUGCAAAGUUUGGGCGGAGGACGAGCGGGAGAAGAAGCGCCAGUACGCAAUUUACAGAUCGAUUCUCAAAAAGAUAGACUGUAAGCGCUACAACCAAGGUGCCGGUGCGUGUCCGUUUGGCGAGCGAUGUCAUUUCCGGCAUGGGCGAGCCGCUGAAGUAACGAUUUGCAUUUAAAGACAGCCGUAGAAAACGUAAGCCAUGAUAGUUCAGUUGCAGGUAACUUCUCUGGCCUUGGACAAGGAUGUUAGGGUUUUAGCGCAUUAGACAUUCUAGAGUGAAUUAAAAUACGAUAUGCGUUUGCGUUAUCGAUCAUUACCGUUCGUUUGCUUUCCGGUAGGUUAGGUAACAAAUUCUACGAAAGGUUGGAAUUUUACACAAUUUUUUGAGGUUGAAAGCGGAACAAUUACUCAAUUGAUGAUUAUUUAAUCAGUUAACUAAACUGGUGUAACAGCUACGUAAUAGCUGAACAGUUUCGAGCGGUUACAUUUGAGUCAACACCAUUCAUACGCGAUGGUAGCCUCGGUAGCCAUGAACAAUAACAAUUCUAACAAGAAAACAUUAAACAUACAGGAUUAAGUUUAGUACUGUCGAAAUUUUGCAUUCUGUUUAAUCAUCCGACUGAUUUUAAAAGCAACAAAUCCCAUUCUCAACGUAUCCUGCAGUGGACGACCAUCUUUAAGUUCCUCUGCCCCACAAAAAACGACUAUCUUUCCAUGAACUCUGUGUAAGCGAUGUAAAACAACUCAUUUAUAGCAAUAACAUAACACCUUUCAUCAAAAAUACAUUUAAAUUUGCGGUUUGAUGCCUAAAAAUUGCGAUUUUGUACUCUUACGGAUAUCAUAUACUACACAUAUACUACAUUAAUGUGCAAAAACGGAACACAAAAAUAUCAAAAGGAUAUUUGAUCAUUGUUAUUUGUACUGUUGAAGAUUUACGUUCUGCAAACCAUACCUUACGUAUAAGAUCGCUCUUAAGCAGUAAAACCCAUGAAAAAUGUGGCAUGAAGACUCAGGCUCUAGAAAGUCGGCGGAUUCAUCGGAAAGAUCUAAUAUAACUGAACCUCAUGUAUCAAGGUUAGUAUUUCUGCUUCGUGUCUGGAUUUCUGGACGGCGACUUGACAAAGAACCGUCUAAUGCGAGAAGAUCUUUUGCAUUUGUUCUAAUUCUUAUAAGAUUCUCACAUUCUAAAGGUCGCUUUAGACCUUGCGUGAAAGUGAACGUGAAAUUUAGGGUAUUUCUGCUCUAUUUCAUUAAAUAUUUAUCAGAAUAUGGCUUAUCGUACACCAAAAGAAAGGAUUUUCAAUUCCUCAACUAUUUAUAUUAAAAACACGCUAAAAAUCAAUUAAAUGCAUUUCCUUAUUAUUAUGUAUAAUUUUUUCACCGUGAACAAAGCGGGAAAUCACUAGGAAAUGCAUUUAGUUUAUUAUUUCGAUAUGUUUUAUAGUCUAAACCCUAUUCUGAUAACAAAUUGCUUUGCUUAUUUAACCCACGAUCGUGGAGACGAUCGUUCGACACGUAAUGGCAACCUAAGUUGUGCACAACUGAGAUUCCCCUAGGAUGUUCCUGUUGGAAUAUAUUCCAAUAGGAUGGUCAUACUUUUUUCAUUAAAAUGAAUGUUACACCUGUCAAACAAAUGCACAUUGCAUUACAGCUAAUCGAUAUGUGUUAGUUGUAUGUAGUUUUUUUUUCUUUACAACCCAAUUACAUAUCUUAACACAAUGGCACACCCCUUAUCACAAACCCAAAACAAGCUGGCCUCUCAAGCUGCAAAUUAAAAUUCAUAAUUCAUUGCAAAUAAAUCAUACCAAGCGCUCUCCUCUCUCUCUCUCUCGACCAGUUUGGUGCUUUCUCUUCCUUAUUGUUCCUUCAAAUUGCGAAUCUUUUAAUCUCCCCUUCAUUUUCUCAACCACACUAGGAAAAAAGAAUUAUUCAAAAGUUAAUUACAAUCAAUUAAAACAAGUGGCAAUAAACAUUCCAACAUUAAUUAAAGA